GUCAAUUGUUUUCCCUAUUCUCGUCAAAAGUCGCCUGUUGUUGCUGUUUGAGUACAACCCAAGACGACCACAGGAGCCGCGUUCAGUCAGGGCAACGCGCUCCACGCUGACAGACGAACGGAUCUUCUCUCCGCGUGACGCCAAACCGCAGCGCAAGUUCGCUCUUUUUUUCUUGCACUUUGGCAUCGAUGUGUUUUGGGGGAGAAGAGGAGCAGGGUUUCGGGUAUAGCCUUGUAGCCAACGCUGGAUUGUUUUGAAACACUUCUGUUAUCCCCAUCAGCAGCAUUACUCGUUUCUCUUCACGCACUGAAGGUUUACGCGUUUUUUAUGCACAAGCUGUGGCUUCACCGCCUCGAGGACAGCAAGCAAGACGGGGCACGGUGAAGACUUGUUGCGCGCAUCCGGGGAGCGCACAAGUCCAGUUUUUCAUCCAAGUCUACUGUAAACCUGCGCGUGAUGCUCUGAUUUCAGCGGCGAGUCAUUGAGUGGAGCGGAGAAUGGACCGUGGAGAUCAGCUCACACCAACAGCCUGAAGUCAGCACGGCUCGGUGCUCCGUGACUAUGAGAAUCUGUUCAUAAUUAAUGAAAUUGAGGCGAUUAGUUUCCUUCGGUCUGUCCGAGCUGCUGCUGAGCGGCGGAUGCUUUAGAGAAAAACAAACCUUUCUGCUUUAAAUGGCAUCCACGCGCAGCAGAGUCAAACUUUAUUCGGGUCAGAUCCGACGACUUCAUUAAUUUCCGUCUCCCGGUGUUUCUUAAUCGAGUCCUCCGCUUCUCAUCGUAAUGUCUGAGCGUGAUGGGAAUGGAGACGGGUUGUGCGGCGACGGAGCGCCGGACUUCAUCCCGCCGAGAGCGUCCCGCGGCCGGCGGAGCGGCGUCAUCCUCCCCGGUGGCGGCCAGGACACCGAUGCCAUCCUCCUGGAUUCGGUGAAGGCAGCACCUCGCCGGAGCAGCAUCAUUAAGGAUCCCUCGGUGCAGAAGGUUAGCGGAGGAAGGAAGAAGACUGUGUCCUUCAGUAGCAUGCCCUCUGAGAAGAAGGUGAGCAGUGCUGCAGACUGCUUGGCGUUCAUGCAGGGCGGCUGUGAACUGAAGAAGAUCCGGCCCAACUCCAGGGUCUACUGUCGUUUCUACACGCUGGACACCGACCUCAGCUGCGUGCGCUGGGAGCCGUCCAAGAAGGACAUCGACCGGGCUCGGCUGGACGUCCUCAGCAUCCGAGAGGUUCGCACCGGGAAGAGCACCGAGACGUUCCUCCAUAACGGUCCUCUCUCCGAGCACCUGGCUGAGGAAGCGGCCUUCUCAGUCAUCCAUGGAGAUGAUUACCAGUCUCUGGACUUGGUUGCGUUGUCGGCAGAUGUGGCCAACAUCUGGGUGACGGGCCUUCGCUACCUGUUGGCCCACCCGUCGGUCAUCGGGGGUGCCGGGGGAGGCGUCGGAGGAGGAGUAGGGGGGCUGGGCGAAGGAUGGGGCGUGCGGGCGGACGGCAGCCCGGGAGGGAAGAUGAGGAGUGAGUGGCUGGCGGCGGAGUUCGCCCAGGUGGAUGAAGACGGCUACGGCAUCGUGUCAGAAGACGUGGCCGUCGCCACCAUCUGUAAACUCUGUCCCGGCAUCAAGGAAGCCAAGGUGCGUCUGCGUUUUAAGGAGAUCCAGCGCAGCAAGGAGAAGCUCACCUCCCACGUGAUGCGCGAGGAGUUCCACGAGGCCUUCUGCGAGCUCUGCACGCGCCCGGACGUCUACUUCCUGUUGGUGCAGCUGUCGAAGGACCGGGAGUGUCUGGACCCUCAGGACCUCCGACUCUUCUUGGAGACGGAGCAGGGUCUGUCUCUGGCGACCACGGAGGGCUGCUGGGAGCUCCUGCGGCGCUGCGAGCCAUCGGCCCAGGGUAAGGAGAGGGGGCUGCUGGGUCUGGACGGAUUCGCCCGCUACCUGCAGUCUCCGGAGUGCCAGCUGCUCGACCCGGAGCACCUGGGGGUUUGUCAGGACAUGAACAUGCCGCUGUCCCACUACUACAUCAGCACCUCGUACCGCUCCUACCUGCUGGAUGACCAGGUCCACGGCAGGGCAGACCUCGGAGGGUUGAUCAAGGCCCUGCAGUCCGGCUGUCGAUGCGUGGAGCUCGGAGUGACCGACGGCCCGGAGGGGGAGCCUCUCCUCGGGGUGGACUAUGGGCCAGAUAUCCCCCGCCACCAUCAUCACCACCACCAUCACCACCAUCACGCGCCUGUCACUCUCCGCUCCGCUCUGGAGGUGGUCAACAAGUACGCCUUUCUGACCUCUCAGUACCCGCUCUUGUUGUACUUGUGCCAGCGUUGUUCCCCCGGCCAGCAGCGCACCAUGGCACAGCACUUAAAGAAAGUGUUCGGCUCCCUUCUUUACAAGCCGGAGGCCCUCCCCGUCAGCCUGGGGGGGCGAGCCUCGACCUUGCCCUCCCCCGAGCAGCUAAAGGGACGCAUCCUGAUCGUAGGGAAGAAGCUCCUUCCGGAGCAGGACGGCUCCGAUGGGGAGGUGUCGGAGGAGGAUGAGGAGAUCGGAGGAGGGGGGCCCCUCGCGGGGAGGCGAAUGACCAUCCCUGGUGAGGAAGAACUGGGCGUGGUCUUAGUGGUGCCUCCGCCCUCUCAACCCAGGAAGCUGCGCCUCCACAAGGAGCUGUCGGACCUGGUGGCGAUCGCUCGCACGGGCAGCCGCAGCUUCUACGCCCAGAGAGCCAGUCACAAACAGGCCCAGCAGCAGUCGCCGCCCAGCAGUCCCACCUCCCCCAGCACGCCGCUGCCUUCUGAGCCGCCUUAUUGGACGCUGUGCUCCCUGGGCGAGGGAGAGGGCGGGCGCCUAACCACGGAGAGCCCGGAGGACCUUGUUAUGUUCACCAAGCGCACCCUAACGAGGGUACGACCCAGUUCGGUGCGUCUGGACUCCAGUAACCCCAACCCACAGGGGUACUGGAAAGGAGGGGUCCAGCUCGUGGCCUUGAACCAGCAGACCCCCGGCGCCAUGCUGGACCUUCACAGGGGUCGCUUCUCACAGAACGGAGGGUGCGGUUAUGUCCUCCGACCGUCCGUGAUGAGGGACGAGGUGUCGUACUUCAGUGCUCAUACGCAGGGCUGUGUGCCAGGAGUGCCAGCUCAAACGCUACGGAUUAAGGUGAUCAGUGCCCACAACCUGCCCAAGCCUCAGGGAUCAGGGGCAAAGGGAGAGGUCAUUGACCCUUAUGUGGUCCUGGAGCUGCACGGCGUACCAGCUGACUGUGCCGAACAGCGGACACGCACCGCUGCUCAGAACCAGGAUGACCCGCUGUUUGAUGAGACCUUCGAGUUCCAGGUGAACAUGCCGGAGCUGGCCUUGCUGCGCUUCGUGGUGUUAGACGACGACUACAUCGGAGACGACUUCAUCGGCCAGUACAGCAUGGCCUUCGAGUGCCUUCAGCCCGGCUACCGCAAUGUGCCCCUGCUGGGCAUGGCGGGAGACCCCUUACCCCACACCAGCCUGUUUGUCCACGUGGCGAUAACCAACCGGCCGGGAGGCGGGAAGGCCCAGCGGCGAGGUCUGUCGGUGAGGAGGGUGGGGAGGCGAGGCCGGGAGUAUGUCACGCUCAGGCACACCGGCAUCAAGGUGGUGGACGAGACUUUCAAACCGGCUGGUGCCCCCCUCAAAGAGGCCACGGACCUGCGGGAGGACGCUCAGAGCGCCACGGCCAGCUUCAAAGAGCAGUGUGGGCUCCCCACGGUGGCCAAACUCAAGCAGUGCAUCCAGAGCCUGACCACGAGGCUGCAGAGCCCCGAGGGCACCAUGGGGGCCACCAUGGUGCUGAAGGAGGGCUACCCGUGUCUGGAGCCACUGGUCAACCUCGCUGAGCCGACGCGCAAACUGCUCGCUGCCUACGACGCGAUGAUUGUCGCCCAGAAGCAGCUGAUUGAGAACGCCGAUGCCGUUCAGGAGCGGGUCGCCCAGGUGCAGAGAGAAGGAAUGGACUUCCACGAGGAUCUCUCCCGGCUCGGGGAGAAGGAGGGACUGAAGGGACGCAAGCAGAGCAAAGCAGUGGAGAGUUUCACCUGGAACAUCACUGUGCUCAAGGGUCAGAGCGAUCUGUUACGGGGAGCUAAGAUGGAGUCCCUGGAUGCACUGAGGCAACUGGCUCUGGCCUGUGAAGCCUGUGGACUCACCUCCUCCUCCUCCAACUCCUCGUCCUCCACCUUCUCCACCGCCGAGCUGCACUACUCCUCCCACCCUCUGUCUGGCCGCCGAAGCAGCACACACGGCAACGGACGCAUCUGAAGAGAAGGGAGUGGACAGAGUGCAUGCAGGGGGAUAACAGAGAUGAGGAGAUAUGAGAGCGAGAAAGAGAGGAAGGGGAAAAAGUGUGGGUAAAAAAAAGCACCACGGGACACUUUCUCCCUGGCAGCGUAUCCCUUUAGACAGUGAAGUAUGUGUCUAGACUAGACCAGACCAGAGCAGUAUAUCUGUUAAAGCCUUACGGGGAGUCAAUUUGUCACUGAAGGUCCAGCCUGCAGAGAGGCUAUUCAUGAAUGUCGUAACUCCACCGUGGAAAAAGAUUGAACUUUUAACGACUCCUCCUUAUUUUUCUGUGAGAAAACGUGCAAUUCCACGUUGUUACUCUGCAGGUUCUUCCUCAUUAGAGAGGAAAUAAUAGACACCAGAAUAAUUUGUGACAACGGGGCUGUAGUGGAGCUGAUGUUUAUGGUCCUGUUGGUGUUCAGAGGUAGAAUGCAGAAUGGAGGAGAUGUAAAGCUAUUCUCCGCCUCAGCGUUUCAGCUGGUCCCCUGGGAAGGCAACAAGACUACCUGUGUGUGUGUGUGUUUACAUGUUGACAGUGUUGCAAUUAGUGGAAGGUGCUAUAAGACAUUGACAGACAGGAUGUGACCCACAAAAGAAACCAUAUGGAAUAUACAGUAACUGAUUCUAGUAGCCUGGAUUUUUAGUGUAGGUUAAUACUACUUUUUAAAAAGGUUUUAUGGUACUCUAUGUUUGGUUUUUAUAUGUAACUGCAAUUGAACAUGUGCAGUAUCUAGAUGUAAAAAAACAACAACACCACAAAGCUUUUAGUCAAAUUAGGAUGAUGUCACAUAAAGUAGGUCUCAGUAUCCUGUAUGGAUUACUGAACUGGCCUACCGGGUACAGGCACAGGGGCCCAAAGUGUCAGGGCCCACCCUGGCCUUCACCUACAAAAUGUAACUCAACGAGACAUGUGCCAACCGGGUAGAGACGCAAAAUGACCGCAAAGACGCACAAAACAACGACAAAGAGACCGGAACAAGUACAAACAGAUGCAAAGACGCACAAAGAGACUCACAACUACGAUGAAAAGGGGCAAAACAACCACAAUGAGGCACAGAAAUGACCCUAAAGACAACAAAACAACUACUAAGACAUGCAAAUAGAUGACCAAGAGACUCUCAGUGACUUUGAAAGUGGGCUUAACAACCAUAAAGAGACACAAAACAACCACAAAGAUACAAACACCUACUACAAAAAGGCUGUGCCCAUUGUCUCAUCAUCCGCCCGUGAUUGAUAUCAAGAUGAAACCUUUUCCUGUAUUUGAUCAGCUGCACUCUUCUGACUUCAAACUUUUCAAAAGAACAUGGCAACUGUUCUGGUGACGUCAAAUUCCUCCAAAGCUAUCGGACAAAGUGAGACUCUCAAUGAAUGUCAGCCGAGAAGCCGAGCUUAUCUAAAGUAUCGACGGUUAUUAAUGAGGUUUGGGAGUUCGGAGAGGUGGAAAGUCUCACUCAUCUAAACAUUUGCUGAUUUAUCUAAUUGACUGCGUCAGUUCUUUGCAGACUUGAACCUCUUAGCAAGAGCUGAGCUGUGGAGCUCUUGUCCAGUCUGUUUAAAGGCCUAUAAUAAUAAUAAUUACUUUAUUUAUAUAGCGCCUUUAAAAACAGAGUUUACAAAGUGCUUUGACGGACAAAGCAAGGCAAUAAAACAACAGGAAGCUCAACAGUGAGGCCCAACAAAAGCUAGACCACCUAAGGUACAAAUCUAAACCACAAGGGCCCCGAGAUCAGUUGAUGCAUGCAAAGCACCCAUCAGAGGUGCAUUCUUAUUUAACAGAAUCUGAGGUUUAAUAAACUCUGCAGCACUCAAACAUUUCCUAAUCCAACCGCUAUCUUCAUGUAUGGUGUGAAAUAACCAGCAGCGGAACGCACACACGGGCUCUUGUUAUCUUCGCCCGACGGCCUUUCAAACCCGUCGCGCUCAGUCAGGAGAGGGGACGGCUGAAGCACGAGGAGAGCAGGUGUGGUGGAGACGAGACGCGGUAAUUGGAGAAGUUGUGGUUGCGUGUUGAUACUGUAGUACUACAUGUGUACAUGUGUGGAUCGCAUAACCUCCUCGCUAUACCGACAUGUGAGGUAAUGGACGCUCAGAGUCUGUGCGUGUGCGUGUGUGUGUGUGUGUGUGUGUGUAGAACAGAUUCCUGCAGCAUUGGUGUAUGUGUGGUGAUACACUGUAUCGAUGUAGCAAUAAUUCUAACUAAGUUACAAGAAAGUCAAGGAGGCGGUGUAACUCGAUGCUUACUGACUGGAGGAUUGACGACAAUAUAACUAACUGUAUAGCUCAGUGAUGCUUAUAAAUGUGUCCAGCAGGUGCUACUGAUUAUGGCUCAUAGUUGUGCUUACCUGCCAGUGACGGCGUUCCUCUUGGCCUUUUGAGUGUAACUGCGUGUUUCUUAAUUAAUGCAGGAAAACACCUGUUCUUUUAACUCAGCGUUUGUACUCACAUUCUUGUAUUCUUGUGAUGCUGCGUUUGAACCGAACUUGACAAAAGUGAUAAACACACACACACACACGGGACCAAGUCUAACAGAUUAUAAUCUAUUCUCUAGGGAACAGAAUUGAUCUCCACUGUUGGUGAUUUUCAGGCUUUAUAAUGAGUUGAAGGAUUUUAAUGCAGCUUUAAAAAAGCCUUUUUUUUUUUUUUUUUUUUUCUUGGUUCCCAAUAAUUUAAAUGUUGAUUGUAUUAAAAAAAUAGUAGGGCAGGUGUAUUUAAAACAAUUUUAUUAAAAAGUACUCACAAUUGAACAAAGCAGGCGUGAGUGAACUUUAGAACAGAAGACACGGUGAAUGUUUUAUUCUGCCCUUUUGAGGGAGGCAGGAAGGCGGACCGACGGGAGACGAGGAUCACAGCUAAACAUCGUAACAGCUCACCAGCCGAUCGACCCCAGCUGGUGGCAUUUAGCAGUAGACAGGAUGUAAUGAGAAACAUGGGCGCGACACUGAGGCUCACCUACCCCUCUCUAAGUGCUUGUGCAGGACUACUGUGUGCUCUGAAUGGCCUCCUGUAUUUUUGUGCACUGUGUUGGCUGCCUUUCAUUUAUCUACACAUUCCUUUCCUUUAAAAAGAACCCAUACUAUUAACCUCUUUCAUACCUCCACUCUCCUCCAUCCAGGAGUGACAGAGCUGACGUACUGAGUCACAGCCACAGGAGGAGGUCGACCUAAUAACAUUUCCAUGUGAGAGAAGCUUCUAAAAGUAGACAACAUGUAGUGAAGAGAGAGCAAAGGUUGAAGGAUAGAAGAAGAAGAAGAAGAAGAAGAGGCUGAUGUUGACAGCACCUGUUGUUUUGGUCUAUUUAUAACGUUCUGACUCACUUGGAGACCUCGGGAUGUGUGCCUAUGCUGGUGUGCGUUCGUCUGUCAUCAUACCACGGUGCCCUAAUUCCUGGCCUGAUGGUGCAAACAGGUUCUCCCACAUACACACAGUCAUUGCCAAACCGUUUCCAUGUUUCCUGUUAAAUGCACCGAAGCAGACGGCGGCUUCAGGGGCCCGUUGCCCCCUGAGAGGCACGUUUUAAGUGGAUGUAAACCACAAUUUUCACAGGGACCUCUCUCUGAGAUCUGCUUACCUGUAAGGUGGAUCGCUCUGCAUCAAUGAUGCAUCAGCUCCUGUAAAACAAACCGCAGUAUUAGCUUUCUGUGUUCCGGGUUUACAUGCCUGCUGACAUGGAGGAACACAAGUGGGUCAGAGAGCGAACAGGCGACGGGGUUUAACUUCUUGUAGGUGAACGUAAGCGGUCGGGUUUCAGUAAUUCGCUCUCUUCUUAGGUUAAACCUCAUUCUCAGAAUAAUGAAUUCGGUACAAACUGUGUUUACAAAGCAGCUAUGGUAGACAUCGACGACUGUGCUGCUGCAUAAAAAGAAACAUUUAAUAACUGAGGAAAACGGCAGCUUGUUAUUUUAAUUGAGACCUUUGCAGUGUGUCAACGCUUGAGCCACUAAUUUGUCGCUCUAAAAGGAACAUACCUGUGUUUCCGCAUGAUUUAACCGAUUUAUUCUAAAUCAUUUAAUACACAUACUGUUCCAUUUGAAAAAUAUAGACAUUGAAUGUGUUUUUACACCAUCCAGGUGGUUACAGUUAAUGUCAUUAGAGUCGGCGUGCAGAGACUCGCUUAAAGCAAAUCCAUGUCAGCAAACAUCAAGCCUGUGUUUUUAUGUGCUAAAACAUCAUAUCGUGGUGAUGCAAAUGAAGGCAAUGUUGUGAUAUGCACAGCCUUGUAUGUGAAAGAAGCUACCGAACUGAUAAGAUCUGUCCCACAAGCUACAUUUUUGCGCAUCAUUUGUUGGCUGGGCCUGAAUUUUUCACAUUAAUCCAUCUUUUGUUGCAUUAGCACACAAGGUUAAUGUCGCUUUCAUUGAUAUAAAACGGAGCGUGAUGUUCACCUGUCUGGAGCAAAUUUUAAAAUCCCUGAAGGUUGCAAAGUUCUGGAAAAUAGUCAGUAAGCCAAGCAUAUACAUGAUUUGCAGAAACACUAGUAUGAUCCUUUAAACCUUGGUACGAAGCAUUUUCAUAUCCUCUCCAUGCCUGUUUCGCACAUCUGCUUCAUACGUCACUUACCUGAUAUGUUUACCUCUGCGGUCAUCCACUCACUACAGUGCUUUACUAUGAUGUUCAGUAUUGUAUUUUGUUUGUGACCCUGAUCCCUGAAGUGUGGGCUUCUUUACUUCCCUUUAUACCUUUUAAAACGGGAACAGAUCUGCGUGAAGCUCUGUCUCUGAGGUACAGUGCUUAAAGUUAAAGGACGGGAGCUGUGGACGGACCCAUGCUUAGGGAGCAGGGGGCGUUGUAUCUCUGUUACCCGCGUGUUACCGGCUCUCUCUGUGCUCUUCAGUGUGUGACGCUAUACCUAUCUUUGCAGACCAGUGGUCAAAUAGUGCUUAACAUUCAUUUGAAUAAUUGAACGAGCUGUUUAUACCUGCCAUAGUGAUGUGGACAAAGUUGUGUGAAACACUUGGAAUAUGUGUAAAAGGUAUCUUAGGUUCUGUAUUACCCCGUGGCGUCUGCAGUUUCUGUGCUGGCCCGUGUCUACGCAGCUGACCUUUAAUCCAGUGUUGUUCCCUGUUCUUACAGUCACUGUAUGUUUUUUGUAAGAUAGAGGUAAAAAAAAAAAAAAGACCAAUAGAAGAAUAUUUAUUAAAGUGUGUUUUAAGAAACAUAAAUAAAUAUAAUUAAUUAAAUGGACCUUGCUUUUAUUUUGAAAAGCUACUGUGUUUUCUAUCUGACAAGUAAUCUAAUAUAACACGAGUAUGUAUCCCAGACUUAAUAAAGUGAUCUUUUCCUGACCAAA